GUGUACAAUUAAUAAAUAAACUAGUACGCCCAAAGGCGCAACAUGACGUUGUACUAAAAUACUGUACUUGUAGUUGUAGGUGUGGGGGUUGAAUCUGUUGCGCAUCGACAGUAGGCGGCGUUUGAAGAAAAAACAAGACAAGACAGCCUUUCGGAGUUAUCAAGGGGCUUCAACUCACCCCCUCGAACUCUCCGAAGCCUCCCCUCUCUUGUCAUUUUAAUUUCACUCCGGGUUUCCAACUAAUUACAAUUGGAUACACCCAACAAUCUCUCAUUUCUUGGAACAGGGAUUCAAUGGCGAGCUGCUGCUUUUCUUCGUCAGCUACUAAUUCGCGCUCUAUCUAUUCUUCUGCCUCGAUAUUACAGAGGAUUCAGCAACAACAUGUCAUCGUUUCCGUGGCUUCUCCUGGACUGCAAUAUAACAAGUUUUCUCUCCGUUCUAAUUCCAAUUCACCCUCUUUUCCCCUUGCCGCUGCAUCCCAAGAUGGUGCAAUAUCCACGACAGUGACUAGUAUUGAAAAUGACAUUCCCCUUAAGAAAGUCAGGGAUACCAAGAUAUCAGUUGCACCCCCUGAGGAGUCCAAGGGAAUUACUCCUUUUGAUCUCAACAAAGACAAGUCCUCUGUCACUAUCACUGUCGUUGGAGCUUCCGGGGACCUGGCCAAGAAGAAGAUAUUUCCUGCACUUUUUGCACUUUAUUAUGAGGACUGCCUACCCGAGCACUUCACUAUUUUUGGCUAUGCCCGAAGUAAGAUGACAGAUGCUGAACUUAGGGAAAUGGUUAGCAAGACCCUCACUUGCAGGAUUGAUAAGAGGGCAAACUGUGGGGAAAAGAUGGAACAAUUUCUGAAACGCUGCUUCUAUCAUUCUGGUCAAUAUGAUUCUGAAGCCAAUUUUGCUGAACUUGACAAAAAACUCAAGGAACAUGAGGCUGGCACAAUUGCCAAUCGUCUUUUCUAUCUAUCUAUACCACCAAACAUUUUCAUAAAUGCUGUAAAAUCUGCAAGCACAUCUGCAUCUUCUGCGAAUGGCUGGACAAGGGUCAUUGUAGAGAAACCGUUUGGUCGAGAUUCUGAAUCCUCUGCUGCUCUGACAACAGCUCUGAAACAGUAUCUGGAAGAAGAUCAAAUAUUCAGGAUAGAUCACUAUCUGGGGAAAGAGUUGGUGGAGAAUCUUUCUGUCCUUAGAUUCUCCAACCUCAUAUUUGAACCUUUAUGGUCUAGACAGUUUAUAAGAAAUGUGCAGCUGAUAUUUUCUGAAGAUUUUGGCACUGAAGGCAGGGGAGGGUACUUUGAUAACUACGGAAUAGUCAGAGACAUAAUGCAAAACCAUCUGCUUCAAAUUUUGGCACUCUUUGCCAUGGAAACACCUGUCAGUUUGGAUGCAGAAGAUAUCAGAAAUGAAAAAGUCAAAGUUCUCCGGUCAAUGAGGCCCAUUCAGCUUGAUGAUGUGGUUAUAGGGCAGUAUAAGAGCCACACGAGGGGAGGUGUUAAUUACCCUGCAUACACUGAUGACAAGACUGUGCCCCAUAAUAGUCUAACACCAACAUUUGCUGCCGCGGCCCUUUUCAUAGAUAAUGCAAGAUGGGAUGGCGUGCCAUUUUUAAUGAAAGCUGGGAAAGCUCUACAUGAUAGGAGGACUGAAAUAAGAGUACAGUUUAGACAUGUACCGGGUAAUCUAUACAAACGGAACUUUGGAACUGAUCUUGAUCAUGAGACCAAUGAGCUUGUUAUCCGCGUGCAACCUGAUGAAGCUAUAUAUCUGAAAAUUAAUAAUAAGGUGCCAGGUUUAGGGAUGAGAUUGGAUCGCAGCAAUCUUAAUCUUUUGUAUUCGACAAGGUAUUCGGGGGAGAUCCCUGAUGCAUAUGAGAGGCUUCUUCUUGAUGCUGUUGAAGGUGAAAGGAGACUGUUUAUCCGCAGUGACGAACUGGAUGCUGCUUGGUCGCUCUUUACACCUGUACUGAAAGAUCUAGAAGACAAGAAGACCGUCCCCGAGUACUACCCUUACGGGAGCCGAGGACCUGUCGGUGCUCACUACCUUGCAGCCAAAUACAAAGUUAGGUGGGGAGAUUUUGCCGGAGACCAAUGACUCCCAGGUAUAUUGCAUUGCUUCCAAGACGACAAAGUUAGAAGAGAUGUAAAACCCCCUACCGUGGAAUGUAGGAAAAGCUUGUCCUUGAGGUUGGUUUUGCUUGUUUUAGUGAAUCUAUAUGCUAUGUUCCGCAUUUUCACAUUUUAACAGUAGUAAAAUGGCAUGUCCAAGGGCCUUGAUAUCUGUGGAUGCAUGAUUCAGGCGUUACCCUUUAUCAUCAAAAUUUAGUAAUUUACAGAGUAGAUAUUUGUAAUAUUCUGUAAGCGCUGGCUUUAUUUAUCCUGGGAUAGUAAUACUGAUACAAUUGCUAGUUCUGGGAUCAUGAGGGAGUUGAAAGAAUAAUCUCUUUACCUUUUAA